AUGGAUACAAUCAAGAAACCAAUCAACCAGAUCCUUGAUCCCCAACAGGCGACAGAGGACAAGCAGGCCAAGCUCAUGGACGAGCAGCGUCGAAAGGACGGCGACAUUGUCACCGCAGGCUCUGAAAACGACAAAGUACGAGAUCCUGUUACAGGUGAACGAAUGCAAAUUCGCAAUGCGACAGAGAACCCAGAACAAGUACGCCUGGGUGACAACGUCUUGAAGAUGGAAUUUCCACCCCCAGAUCUUGGCGGACAACGAGAAUAUCUCCUCUCUCUCUUCAACACCACUGUCUCCCGCAUGACCCUGGCGUUUACCAUUGUGCCUAUUUUGGCAUUUAGCUUCUCGCCACCGUCGUUGACCAACCGACCGCUAUUUCUGCUCAUCCCUUCUCUCGGAAUUCCCGCCGCUCUCUCGUUCAUGUGGAUGUACCGCAUGCAGAGCAAGAGUCAAGACGACGCUGAUCGACGUGCUUGGGAUGUCGAGAGGCGUCGCGGCCUCGCAGCCGGUCUUGACAAAGAUAAAGAUGGCAAGAUUGACGUAGACGAGAAGAUCAAGGAAAGUGCGGAAUGGCUCAACGCCUUGCUCGCUGGAGUGUGGCCGAUCAUCAACCCAGACAUGUUCACGAGUACAGUCGACAUGCUAGAGGACAUUAUGCAAGCCUCAGUUCCAACAUUCAUCCACUCUGUUCGUAUUCCGAAUCUCGGACUUGGAUACAAUCCUCUCCGUAUCACCGCGCUUCGUGCGCUGCCAGAUGCAGAACUUGACAGACACGUCAACUACGAAAUGAGCUUUGCAUAUCGAGCAGCACCUGGCAAAUCGAAAUGGGCGGAAAAGGCUGAAAACUUUCAUUUACUGGUAGAGUUUUACCUUGGAGUCAAAGGCGUUGCAGCUGUUCCAAUUCCGGUUUGGGCGGAGAUUACCGGCAUUGUUGGAACUGCAAGGAUGCGUUUGGAGCUCAUUCCGGAUCCACCAUUCAUCAAGCAUACGCUCAUCACCCUUGUGGGAUUACCGAAAGUCUCCAUCUCUAUCACACCAAUUCACAAGAAACUACUCCCUAACAUGAUGGACAUUCCCUUCAUUUCUCGGUUCAUCACGGACGCUGUCAACACUGCUGCCAAGGAGUACGUUGCACCAAAGAGUCUGAUGCUCGAUUUGCAACAACUCUUGAGUGGCGACGGGAUCAAUCGAGAUACUGCUCAUAUUGGAGUCGUCGUCGUACAUAUACACCGAGUCAAGAUUGACAAAGACGUCGACCAGACUCUCAGUGACACUGACAUUUAUGUCAAUGUUUGCUUGUCUCCCAUGAACAAGACCCAGUAUUCGACCCGUAUCAUCUCCAAGACUCUCGAACCCGUCUACGAGGAGACAGCCGUGUUAUUGGUUGACGCAAAUGCUGCCAAGAUUGGCGAAAAGGUCAGCCUGCAAGUUUGGGACAGUGAUCGGUUCACUGCAGAUGACCAAGUCGGACAUAUUGAAAUCGACGUUGCUGAUCUCAUGAGCAACCACAACGCUGCUUCUCACAAGAUUACGCCAAUGAACAAGCCGUUGAGCAACAAGGUGUCCGGAACAAUCGAGUACACGAUCGGCUUCUUCUCCAAACUUGCACCUGGGGCAUCAGACUCUGCCACGGAGAUACCCAAGGAGAUUCUGGAUAAGGAAGACUUUAAGAAAGUCAGAAAGUCGACUUUGACGGACCUCGAAGCUGCAGUUGUUGUAACUCCACCACCGGAAGACUUUGUCAGCGGUAUUUUGGGAAUCCAGCUCCAUGAAAUUCGUGAGCUUGGUGUCAAGACGGAUAACAUGUCCUUGAGACACGGUGGCAAAGGCUCUUCGGAAAGGCCCGAGGGGGAGCAAGAAGUCGAAGCCGACAAGGGUCUCCCCUCUUCCUACUGUACAGUUAUGCUCAAUGACGAACCGAUUUACCGGACUCGAAAUAAGCCUAUGACGGCUACACCCUUUUUCAAUGCAACGACCGAACGCUUUGUGAGAGAUUGGCAGGCCGCUCACGUCUGCAUCGUCGUUCGCGACUCUCGAAUGCGAGAAAACGAUCCAAUUAUGGGAAUGGUAUUCUUCAAGCUUGCAGAUCUGUUCAAGAAUGGGUGCAUGGCGACUGGCUCAUGGUCGCUCCAGCACGGUAUUGGAUUUGGCCGUAUUCAUCUCUCUUUUGUCUUUAGGCCUGUACAACUCACCAUGCCCCCCUCGCUCAUCGGCUUUGAUACGGGUACCGUCGAAGUAAAGGGAGUCAAAGUAGAGCUCAACGACCGCUCACUAGAAAAUGAUAUCGAAGUUCGCCUGACGACUACUGGUGCAUACACGAAGAUCAAGAAAGGCGUCGAGGAUAAGGACGACUCGUCAUCAGACGAGGAAACCAGCAACGAUACAGUGCUUCACCUACCCAUCCAAACCCGUUAUCACUCUGCUCUCGUCAUCAACGCACGACAAAAGGGCUUGCUCCGGCGAAAUACAGUGGCCAUGGGCAUCGUCUGGCUUCGAGAUCUCAUCGACAACCACCAUGGCAACGUCAUCCGAGCCAAACUAUGGAAAGCCAGUGAUUUUGAGAUUAUGAAGCAGAACUAUGCCAAAGCAGAGGAGACGGCGGCGCACAAGGCACAAGCGAUUGGCACCGUCGAGGUGCGUGCCGUGUUCAAGCCCGGCAUUGCAGACGUGCAUGAGAAAGAUAUGCGCGAAAACCCCAAGAUGCAAAAGUCUUGGGAGGAGUAUGUUAUUAUGAAGCGAGAGGGCUUGAGGAAACAUAUUGGGAAGAGGUCGCCAACCAUGAUCGAUGAUGAGGAUAUCAAUGCAACUACAGACAAGGUGGAGGAAGACCCGAAACAGGGUGUUGCACCUGCGGAAUCUCAAGGCUCCCUGGAUGGCAAGAUCAAGGAUUGGACGAGCAAGCAAGACAACUUGAGCGCUGAGCACCGUGGAAUCAAGCAAUUCAAAGGAGUGAGGACGGCAGAGUGGAUGGCAGACGGUGUGAAAGACACCUUUGCGGGCCUGGCUGGUCGAUUGCACCGCAAGGAACGACAGUCGACAAUGGAGAAAGAAGCAUAA